AUGACAAACUCAGACGUACAGCAUCUGAAGCAACAAAUUCAAGAUGUUCUGGUCGAAUCUGGAAAAUAUGAUGAACUUUCAAAUUUUCUGAGGUCAAAAUUAUACCAGGUGGGUUGGACUGACGAAAUUAAUAGAUUGACCCAAUCGAUUGUAACCAACGAGGCAAAGCCAACUUUCAGCAAUGUAAUUGAAAGAAUAGAACCUAAAGCGAUGGAUAUUGUUCCAGAACAUAUUAAGACCGAGAUACUAGCCAAAAUUGAAGAAUUCCUUAAAGAUGUCGUACCUAAGUAA